AACCCUCUCCAACUACUUGCACACCUCCAAACAGUCGAGACAACCCCCUCCAAUUAUAAAUCGCAACAUCGACAGACACGACCUAGUUUGAUGGCACCUACUCCCGAAUCUGAACAACGUGGCCUGCCGAUCUUGAACAAGGCGCAGAUACUUGAUGAUUUGGGUUGUUUGGGCAAGGACCGUGAAUUUGAAAGACGACUAUCAUCGAAGGCAACGACGACCGACGGAAGCCUAGAGGAACUAUCACCGGCCCAAGUCCACAUUCCUCUACCGUCUGAACGACCCGAACAACCCACGAACCUCUCAGCUGCUGUCAAAAGUGCUGUCCAGUUGCUCCAUCUCGAUCACCAGUUGACUCAAAGAGGUCUCGAAGUUGAACAGCGGAAAAUCGGGGAUCGACUUGAAGAAAAUCGAAGAAAAAUAGACCAUUUACUUCGGGCGUUAAAUCAAUCCAGCUUGCUUCACUCCUCCCAGCCAGCUUGUUCAACAUCUACCGAAGAACCAUCAACCUAAUUAUCUCAUCCAUGCUAUCCCAACGAUAGCCUUUGUUUGUAUUACCUGUUGAAUUCUUCUCAACAACUUCACUAUUCGCAUUCCAAAAUAUCUUAUUCAAACUUCCGAUGUAAUUUUUUUGAAGGGUGCUUCAUCAUCAUCGAAAAAGGUGUUGCAUCUCGGCUUGCAUUAACCACACUGUACUUCUUCUUUAAUCGAUCCCAGAGUUGUCGAAACGGCCUGUUUCUUGUACGCAAACAUGAUUGAGUGUAUCCUCUGAUCCGCAAACUGGUCAGUGGUGCAGUAUGUAAACAAUUAAGGCUGUGACCCGAAAUGAAGCCCCGAGGCCUGACCCCG